AUGCCACGACGGUCUUCAACGCGAGACCGAGGGUCUCGAUCCUCGGGCCAAAACAGACUAGUCCUUGUUGUCGCUAUAUUGUUCGUAUCAUGGGUUCAGCUCGCGUCCGCAUCUGCUGCUGCACAGCAGCAGCAACAACGUGCUGCCGUUCAGCAACCGGACGAUCACGAAAUCAUCAAUGAGCAACGCGUCAAUGAACGAGACCCUAAAUACGCCGUUCAAGAUAUUGGCUAUGAUGGCGCUAUCGAUGACACGCCUCAAGUCAGCCCGAAUCAGGGGAGGAAGACCCAACCUUCAGCCAGUCAGAAGAAGCAUCUGCAGUAUGCGAACAAUCGUCAACACGACAAUCUCGAAAACAGCGGACGAUCCGCUCGCGCUAAGAGGAGCCUCGACGAUAAGAAAAACAUUAACAACAUCAAAAACAAGAAAUCUAACAAUGAAAAUCUUUACGAUGCGAGCGCCCUCGCUACUUUGGCUCCGGCACAGCCCGUCCGAGCACCAAGCCUACCAGGCAAAUUCCGAUCCAGCAGCACGUUAGCUGCUGGACUCUCCUCGCCGCAGAUUGCGCGGAGCCUGGAAGAUUGGGAAGUGGAAGACUUUGUUCUUUUGGCGACCGUCGAUGGAGAUCUUUAUGCCACAGGCCGCACAGACGGCAAAGAACACUGGCGCCUCGAGGUCGACCAGCCCAUGAUCGAGACAAAGCACUUCCGCUCCAACGUGUCCGUUCUCGACGAUGACUACAGUCCUAUCGAUCACUACCUCUGGGCUGUAGAACCAGCUCGUGAUGGCCUGAUCUAUGCCUGGAUCCCCGAGCCAGGAGUUGGUCUGGUGCGCACAAGCUUCACAAUGAAGCGCCUUGUUGAGGAGCUGGCUCCAUUCGCCGACGAGAAUCCGGCAGUCGUCUAUACUGGCGACAAGAAGACAACUCUAAUCACCCUCGACGCUGCUACAGGUCGUGUGCUCAAGUGGUUUGGAUCAGGCGGCUCUCACGUCAACGAGGCCGAGAGUUGUCUGCGUCCAGACUAUCUGUAUAAUGCCGACUCUGUCGAAUGUAGCUCAACAGGAACCAUCACCUUGGGACGUACCGAGUAUACUGUCGGCAUCCAGCGUCGCGAUGGUAAGCCGAUUGCCACCCUCAAAUACGCCGAGUGGGUGCCCAACAACUACGACGCCGACUUAUACACCAACUACCAAACCUCUCUUGACAGCCGCUACAUCACCAGUCAGCAUGAUGGCAAAGUCUACGCUUUCGAUUACGAUCCUGGCCAGCCAGCUUCGCCCAAGUUUAGCCAGCAGUUGUCCUCGCCUGUGGCCCGCGUAUUCGACGUAUGCCGCCCCUGGGACGCCCCUCGGGACAGCCACCCGGAGCUAGUUGUGCUUCCGCAGCCGACUAUGCCCACCAAGAGCACCGAGGUCGCACGCACCAGAAGCAACAGCAUCUUUCUCAACCACACAAUAACUGGAGACUGGUACGCAAUGUCGGGACGGUCAUAUCCACUCAUCAUAGAUGCUCCCCUUGCGAAGGUAUCGCAUCGCGACGUCUGGGAGCAUGGCCCUGGGUCCGGUGAAGAAUCGCAAGUCUUGGUCGGGACGCACUUCCUCGACUCCCUGAUGCCAAGCGGAGAAAAUAUCCCCGCCACACUGCCUGCUGGGCCGAUGAAUGGAUAUGAUCCCGAGUUGGCCGAAGAGGACUGGCUGCCUGUGGUCGUAUCGAGCGACAAGCAAGAUGUCGGCCUUGUGGGCAAGGUCAAGUUACUUCCACAGAGUGCUCUGGAAAGCGUCAUGGAUCUGUUGAAGAACCCCUUUCUCAUUCUGAUUGUAACCGGGGCUUUGAUGUACUACGGCAACAAGUUUCGCCGCAUGAGUGAUUCGGAACGACGCGAGCUUAUCGCCAACAUGUAUUCGUCCGCGGGAUCCAAGGUACACCCGAAGCUUGGUCCAGUCACAGAAUUGGCACCUCAAAAGGCCCAAAAUCAGGUUGGUCAAAAAGAAGCCUUGACUGAGGCAUCCAACGGCCAAGAAGAUGUCUCAAUCGUGAAGUCAACGGAGACUGGCGCGACCCCGGCCGUCACAACAUCUGGGGUUGUCGUCACUCACUCUGAAGGGAAUGGGGCGUCUGAGGCGGUCGUAGUCGAUCCCGAGGCUGCGCGCCCAGGGUCAUCUGAUGAAGCGUCGCCAGAGAAGAAGAAAGCACGCCGUGGCCGCCGUGGAGGCGUCAAGCACAAGAAAGGCAGAGGUAAACUAGACAACUCAAACCUCAAGCCGACCGAUACUACUGGCCGUGCGAACGGCGUCACGAUGCGCCCAGACAUUACCACGGUCCGAACGGGCGAGAUGGAAGAUGUCGAUGACGGGACAGUCUUACGACUUCCGGGUCUGCUUGUGUACCAGAACAAGGUGCUCGGGAACGGCACGAAUGGUACCACUGUGCAUUCGGGAGAAUACGACGGACGAAAGGUAGCCGUCAAGCGGCUGCUCCUCACGUUCUACGAGAUCGCGCAGCAGGAAACAAAGCUGCUGAAGGAAUCAGAUGAUCACCCCAACGUGAUUCGCUACUUCAACCAACAAGAGCAUGAGGGUUUCAUUUACAUCGCUCUGGAACUAUGUGACGCUUCCCUUGCCGAUAUCGUCGAGAAGCCGCAGAUGCACCGCGAACUGGCUGAAGCAGGUCGCAUGGAUCUCCCGGGAAUUCUGUAUCAGAUCACCAACGGCAUUGCACAUCUGCACUCCUUACGCAUUGUUCAUCGCGAUCUAAAGCCACAGAAUGUCAUGGCUUGCCUAGGUAAGACCGGAAAACCUCGCAUGCUUGUGGCCGACUUUGGCUUGUGCAAGAAACUCGAUCUUGAUCAAUCAUCCUUUGGUACGACGCAUGGUAGAGCGGCAGGAACCACCGGUUGGCGAGCUCCGGAGUUGCUGUACGACGACGACAAGCUUGCUGCCGCAGUAUCAGCUGGUGCCCGUAACUUCCACAGUCAAACGAGCGGUCUCGACACUCAGAGCGGAUCUGGGUCGAUAUUGGUUGGCGACGACGCAAAGUUGAUGAGUGGCCGAAGGGCAACAAGAGCGAUUGACGUAUUUGCCCUGGGCCUGAUCUUCUUCUAUGUCCUCACCAACGGGCAACACCCAUACGACUGCGGCGACCGGUACAUGCGAGAGGUCAACAUCCGACGCGGCAAUUACGACCUCUCGCCGUUAGAUUCAUUGGGUGAUUUUGCUUGGGAAGCGAAAGACCUGAUCUCUUCCAUGCUUCACGAGGACCCCAAAAAGCGCCCUGCAGCGUUGAGCAUUCUGUCGCACCCCUUCUUCUGGUCGGCGAAGAAGAAGCUUGCGUUCCUGUGCGAUGUGUCGGAUCACUUUGAGAAGGAAUGUCGCGACCCUCCUUCAUACGCGUUGCAGGAGUUGGAAAGUCAUGCUGCAGAGGUCAUUCGAGGCGAUUUCCUUCGCAUCCUGCCUCAAGCGUUCGUCGACUCUCUCGGCAAACAGCGCAGGUACACAGGAACCCGCAUGCUUGAUCUGCUUCGUGCCUUGCGCAACAAGAGAAAUCACUACGAGGACAUGUCGGACUCUUUGAAGAAGGCGGUCGAGGUAGGCUGGCAGGACACGGACCGCUUUGUGGACUACUAUCUGCCGGCGGGAUUGUAA